UAAAGCCCACAUCAGCUGGGUGAAAUCAUAACAAAAGAGCAAUGUUUUUGUGUGGUGUUAUUAUUUGUAAAUAGCGUUUAUUAAUGUUAUUUGGGCAGUGAAAUGGACAAAUCCAGGUCCAGCGUGUACGAUAAGUUCGCUGGCUUCGUGGAGCAGCUGCGGAACACAGAAUGCAGUCAAAAGCAGAAGAUAGCCUGCUUCCAGCAGAUUGCGGAGUGCAUCAUGUCACCAUCGCUGGCGGGGCACAUCAAUUAUGCGGCUCACUGCGGCACGGCCAUGAAUGUCCUGCUGCUCUUCUGCGAGGAUGUGGACUCCGUGGUGCGGAUGAGUGCCGAGGAGAACCUGAACAAGAUCCUGCGGGCACUGGAGAAAACCCGGGUCAGUCGCAUCCUCAUGGAUCUGUAUGGCGAGAUCAAGAGGAAUGGUAAUCAGAGAUCUUUAAGGAUUUGUCUCAACCUGUUCUCCUACUAUGCCCCCCAAAUAAAGGAGAAGCACAUCAAGUGGUAUGCCGUGCGAUUGCUCCAAUGCAUGACCACCAUUUCGCAGCGCAAGGAGACACUGCUCCAGGAGACACUCUGCGAUUUCAUCAAGCACUUUGGCCGCUAUAUACAGCAGGGUCUCAGCGAUAGCGAAAUUUGCAAGCUUUUGGAGACUUUUCUGGACAAUAUUGGCUCCGAUUGUGCCGUGAAGCGUCGCUGCUCUGCCCAAAAUUGCAUCAGUCUGAUUGAGCAUGCACGCAAUAGAAGCCUUAUGGCCAGGCAUGCAGUCAACAAAGUAAUGGAACUCCUGCUGGCGGAUCAGCAAACCAGCAGCGUGCUGGGUGCCCUGGGGCUACUGCGUCUCCUGUUGCCGCAACUCAUACGCGGCUGCUACUCCGGAGAUGGCCACGAGGAUUCCGAUUCCCUGGCCGGGCAGCAGCAGCACCACAAGAAGCAGCAGCAGCAGAAGCAGACAAUGACCUCCGACUGUCGGCAAAUUAUUGAAAUUUAUGAUUAUUGUUUGCACCUGCUGAGCACGCAGCACACCACGAAUCACGCCAUCAUAAAUGCCACCCUGGAGGUCAUCAACGGCAUACUCCAGUCGCUGGAUGCCCAUGCCCAUGCCCAUGGCCAUGGCCAUGCUGAUGGCCCAACCGCAACCGAUGGCCAAUGUCUGAGUCUGGGCCAAAGUUUGCGCCAACUGUUGUGCAAUCAACAACUGCAGCACAAUGAGUAUUUGCGGCGAAGGAAAUCAUUAAAGAAUCAAAUAUUCCAAUUGAAAAAUUACGAAGUGGCGACAAGUCAACAGCAACUGGAUGCGGAUGAGGAUGAGUAUGAGGAUGAGGAUGAGCUGCCGGAUGGGGCCGCUGCAAUGCAAAUGAAAAAGAAUUCAAAUGCAAAACUGCAGCAGGCGAAGUGUCAACAGCAACUGGGAAUUAAUGCCGGGGAAGAUGCCACUGCGACCGAGGCAGCAAGUUCCGUCGCUGAUGAAGGGGGAGAGGCGGUGAAGCACAUUAGGAAUGCCGCACGCAGCAUCAGCGAAUGCGUUGCCUCGGAUGAGGACAGGGGGCAAGGACAACACGAUGGCAUCGAGAUGGAGGUGGAGGUGGAGGUGGAUGAGGACGAGGAUGACGACAUGGAGCUGCUCAGUGCCGAGUGUGAUGACUUCACAACCCUGUCACAACUAAAUGAACAACAACAGGCGCUGUCAGCGGCAUUGCAAUUGCCCGCAACAACAGUGGCAGCAACAACAAAAGCAGCAGCAACCACAUCAUCGCAGGACGAUAAACUGAUUGAUGUUGAUGCCAAUGCUGAUGCUGAUGUCGGGGGGCUGGAGCUGCCUAAACCGCAGCAUCAGUCAUCUCUGCAGAAUCUGCUCGCCGGCAGCGAUGACAAAUCCCAGCAUUUGAGUGACAUCGACAAUGAAUCUUUCAACAGCAUCGAUUUCGAAGCCGAAAUCACAAUUGCCGGCAGCAAAGAGCAACAGCAACAUCAGCAGCAACAACAGCAACAACAUCCUCCGGCAAAUGAUUCGGCGGAAUCCGGUGAUGCAACAGCAAUUGGCACAUUCUUUAACAAUCUGCUGUCGCAUUCCAAUGCAGCCUCGGAGUCGGUCAGUAAGCUCUUUCGUCAAUCAAGCGGCUCUAAGUCGGCUAUGGCUCCUCCCUCUGCGGACAAAUCGGAUGCCAUUUCGACGGCCUCGCUCACACUUUCGCUGAGCUCCUUGGCCAGCAGCAGCAACUUGGAGCGCCAGCCCUCGAUUGCGGAGACGCCCACGCCCGUGGAGGAUUCCUUAUCGAUGAGCGCCUCACACACCGCCUCCACUGCUCUCAUGGUGGAUACUCCCGCAGUGGCAGCUUCUAAGCUGCCGGAAACACCGCAACUGCGAAGCACGCCCAACGCUAAUCCCUUUCUAGUGGAGAACUCGCCGCUUCGGCAGACAGUCGUCGGUCGUGCCCUGAUCACCGUGAAAAUUGGCAGCAUCCUGGAGCAAUCGCUGGUGUACUACACGGCCCGAGUGGUGGCAGCUCGUUUCCUGCUCAGUGGCCAGGCGGCUGGAUUACAACCGGAUAGCUUCAGCAGAGUCUCCAUCAAGAGCCUUUCGUUGGCCGUGAUUGCUCAGUGUGUGCGUUUGGCACCCAGGGUUCUUCAACUCAGCCUGGAGAUCAGCGAUCAGGAGCUGCGGCUGCUGGAGGAGGCCAGCUCACAGGCUGUGAGUAAUGACAGCACUCAGGUGUCGAGUCCGCAGAGCAGUGAUAACUCACAAGUGGGUGGGGAGAAGCCCUCGCUCGCGGAUAGUGCCCUGAUUCAGACUGAACUGGAGGACAACCUGCUGCUGCUGGACAUCAAGGACGAUCACUUUGGCCCAAGUACUUGCCCAGCUUACCUGCAGCAGGCCACGCCCACGUUGAGUCGCAGUGCAGAUGCUUCGGUUUUGCUAAUGGGAGAAGGCGCCUCAUCGCAGUCCAUCAAGAAAUCAGCAAAUGAUGAAAAGCUCUCUAAGUCCGAGAUUAUUGGCAGCUCAUUUAGACCAACAGUGGCAGCUGAGGAUGUGCCGCCGUUGAGUUUGCCGCCACGUCCACCCAAGCGAACGAAGUCAACACGUAGUCGGGCGGGCUUCACUGGAUCAUCUUCCUUCUCGGGUAAUCCUCCUUCGAGCCAAGGAUUCCAGGCCCUUUCCGAUGUCCUGCUCUUCCAUGAUCAUUGCGAUCCUAUCCUAAGAGGUGGAGUCCAGCUGAUUGUGGGUUACUAUCUGCAAUCUAGCGGAGCUGGACUGUUUCUGGAACUGCAACGUUAUCUUGGCCUGCAACACUUGCUGGCCAUUUUGCUGAAGGGCUUUGAGGAUGAGAUCCACACAGUGGUUAUACAAGCGUUGAAUGCAUUCGAUAAGAUAUUUCCGCAUGUGGUGUCCAAAUAUUUGACAGAGCCGCCAUGUCAUUAUCAUGCUCAUCAGCAUCAGGAGCGGGAGCAGGAAAAGCAGGAAAAGCUGGAAAAGGAGCAACAGCAGGACGAAGACCAAAACCAGGACCUGCAACGACAUUCAAGUGGACAACAAAAGCGUCCGGGCCAGGCGCAAACAUUUGGCCAACAAACUUUUGCAAAGGACCAGGAUAAUGCCUUAAGCAGUCGACGGCAGCAACAAAGAGCUCCUAACGAUGAUGCCGGGACAUGUGCCAACUCCUCACUGGCCACCACUGAUAAUGAUGAGCUACUGGCUGCUCUUUUGAAUGAUUUCCAAUGGCAAUCGACUGGGUUGCAGCAGCAGCAGCAGCAACAGCAACAGAAGCUGCAGCGGCAAAAGAAUAAUGGCCAGUUGGGCAGUAAUGAGACGGAUCCUGAACCCUUCUGCGUAUUUGCCAUCUCACCCAAAUUGCUCUUGAGCAAACUCCGGCUCUGCCAUCACAAUAAAUAUUGGCUGGUCCAGAAUAAAUACGCCGAAGUUAUUUCGAAUUUAAAUUACGUGCUGCUGCGGUCGUACUACGCAAAUUUUCGUUGCGGCUUGGACAACAAAAACAGUGGCGAAAGGGCGCAGGAUGCUUGCGGUUCUGGACGGGAUGCGGAUGCGGAUGGGGAGAACGAGGACAUUGUCUGCACUUAUGAGGCGCAGUUUCUGGCCGAACUUGUACAUCUGCUGGGCGACGAUGAUGCGCGGGUGCGGGAACAUGCCGCCUGCUGUCUUUGCCGCUUUAUAAUGCAAACGGCGCGACAGGAUGGGAAUGCGGAUGAGGGCCAAGGAGAAGGGAGCCAGAUCGAAGGCAACCUCAAUGUGGAAACUCAACAAACUAAUUUCAAUUUGCUGUGGGAUUUUUUCGACUAUCGCAUAUUUGGCAGCAUGUCCGUGACGUUGCGUAAUUUAUUCCGGGCCAGUUCGACGAUUGUGCCGCCGCUGGCUGAGUUGGAUGCAAUGGCCACCUUCUCAUCCUCCUACUCGUCCACCUCCACCUCCACGGAUGCUGGCAGCACGUCCAUGCUGGGCAGCUCCUCGGGAUCGGCAUCUGCCUCAUCGGCAUCCGUAGCGGCAGUCUCCGCGGCGUCGGCCUACUUUGAGGCAAGUUACGGCAUCGCCAUCGCCGAGGGGCAUGUUUUUGCCUUGGCUUCCCGACGUCAAAUCGCGCUGGAGGAAAAAGUUUUGGCCAAAGUUUUGUAUCGCUUGACAAAUAAAUUGAUGACGCUGUAUGAUAAAAAUGUGCAGCUUGGCAUAAUUUACGCGCUGCGCCUCCUGCUGCGGCACUUCAAUUUCGUGGACUAUCAACAGGCCUGGCUGGAAUUCAAUUUCGUUGAAAUUUGCAUUAGCUAUGCCUACUACAACAAUGCAACAGCUGCGGACCUCAGCUGCCAGAACGAUUUGAUUGAUGUGAUGGGCAAAUUAAUGGCAGGUGCCAUGUUGAGCCUUGGAGAGCCAUGUGCCGCACAUCUGGACUUUCUGCUGCGUCACAGCGUGAAGAUGCUGAACAUCUACCACCAUUUGGUCACCAAUCAGCGUCCCUCGCAGCCUGGCAGCUCCAAACUGAGGGAACAGGGUGCAGCGGCUUCCCUUCUGGCUGUGGGUUACUUUGCCGGCGAUUACGUUUACAUGAAACUUUACAACAUUUUAAGAGGUGCUAAUGACAGCUACAAGAUAACCAUAAAUCACGAGGCCGGCAGCUUAUUAAUUUGUCUUCUGAAAACUUGCCUCAACGCAUUGAGCCUCUGUUUGGAGGCCAUGGCCACCAGUUCGCCCCCGGAGCUCAAAUUAAUCGAAGAAAUUCUCCACUAUUUGACCAAGCUCAUAAAUUAUGCGCCCGCCGAGUGCGUUGCAUGUCUGCGGCAACUGUUGAAAUAUUUAUUCGCCCAAAAUUAUGCCAGCCAACUGCGCCUGCAGCUAGCGGUGGCCAACGAUGGUGGCCAACACCACUACCAUGCCGCCUUCAUACGUCCCUACUUUGCGGCCAAGGGCAGGGGUCAUGGCGCCGGCUCCAUAUUGUUGCCCACAAUAAAUUCAAAACCAGUGGCCGGUGGUGGAGGAGCAGCAAUUGAUGCCACUGCCCCACUCCAACAGAUGGGCAUGCUCUUUGUGCAGGGCCUGCAGCAGAACACUCCGCCGGCGGGCGACUGCGUCCGGCUUAUAAAGCUAUUCGAGCCGAUGGUCAUAUACUGUCUGACGCUCUUUAUGAAAUCCAAUGCGCUGAUUCAGGCGCCCAUACUGCGAUUGCUCUCACAAUUGCUGGAUCUAAAUGUAACCUACAGUAUACUGGACUCCAAGAAUGUGAUAUUCGAGCAAAUUCUAAGCAACAUGGACCUCAUCGAAAGUGGCAUAGAUAGGAACGCCUUCAUCAUCGUGCCCCCCAUGCUGAGAUUCCUGGUGCAGUUGACGCACAAGAGCGACCGGCAGCUGAUCACCAUACCCAAGAUCAUCAGCGUCACCAACAAUCUGCUGGCCAACGGCUCGAUUCGCGAGGUGGCCCUGCUGGCUCUGAAAACCCUCAGCUACGAGCUGUUCUUCAUGCACAGCCAGCUGGAGGAGGCGCUGGACACCAGCGAGGGUGUCCAUGGCUCAGGCUCAGGCUCAGGCUCCGGUCGCACGGCUUGCCAGAGUCCCUUGAGUGCGGCCCCUACUCCGGAAACCAGAGAGGCAUUGCUGGCCCAGCGACGCGAACUCGACACCCAGCGGGAAGUGGUGCUGGGCAUGCUGGAGAAGUUCAUUGAGGCACGGCCGUGUCAACAGGUUUUGGCCCUGCUCCUGCUCUUCGAGCGCAGUGUCCAGCAGCUGGAGACGCCUCCAUUUCGCAGUGCCCAGGACGUGGACGUGGUCUACGAAACGAUGUGUCGCAGUCUUUGUGCCCGCCAAUGGCGACUCCAUUCGACAGGAGAUCUGCGGCAGCUGGAAAGUUGCUUCCGCAACAAUGGCAACCAUGUGCUGGCCGACAGUAAGGGAUUUUUGCAGCUGCUGCAACUCUUCAUCGAGCAGGGCGUCGGCAACUUUGGUGAUUUAGCUCUGGCCAUGGUGGUGCUGGAGAACGUAAUCCUGAAAACCGAGGAAAUUUAUCUGGUGAAUCACAUAAAACUUUAUUUGAAAAAUAAUCCAACAGCCGAGCGGCGUGUGCAGGAGCUGAUGCCACCGACAUCAUCGGCGGCCGCUUCUCGCUGGCAGGAGGACGAGGCGCCGUCGACGUCUUCGGCGGCGGCAGCUGCUAGAGCGGCUGCCUCAUCCGCUUCCUCCGCCAGCCGCUCGGUCAUCAGCGAAAUAAACUAUUUCGCCAAAGUUUUAAGCGAGAAGCUUCUGGCCUGUUUGGAUGCCCUGCUGGGCUGGGACUCCGGCUCCAACUCCAACUCGAACUCCUCCUCUCCUGCAGCGGGCCACGCCUACUGCCAGCUGGCCGGGCGCUUCGUUGACUCCGUGAACAACGUCUGCUGCCGCUCGCGGCACAAGGACGCACUUCAAUCGGUUUUCCGUUUGGUUUUGGCCGAGUCUGAAUUUCUCUGCAAAUACUAUAGCCUGCUGCUGCUGAUGUGUGCCGCCGGCCAGGGAGGAUCCGGACUCGGCUCACUGGAUGCCGUACUACUGGCCUGCCUGAGGCUCGUUUUGGCCAUGCGGCUGGAGGAGCCGGUGGCCCUCAUGGAGCACGCCGCCCAAUUACCGCUUAAACGGAACCUGCAGCGGGAGGUGCUCCGCGAAGUUUGUCGAGCAAAUGUGGGCUGCAAUUGGAGUGCGCAACAAGUGCGCCGCUUGUUCGACGGCCGAUAUCUGAAUUUCCUAAUUGCUGACCACUUGGAAUUCCUCAGCGAGCUAUGCCAAGAACGUCCCGAGUGCGGCUCAUUACUGCAGGUGGCCUUGCUCCGGAACGCGCACCAAUUGAGUAGGCAAUCCAUUCGCAUCGUUCUGCGGCUAUUGGGACGUCUUUGUGAGUCCGGCGGACAGGAGUCCGCCUCUGGAGACGCCGGCAGGGAUGCGGAUGCCACGCUGCAGGCCCUCCAGCUCCUGAGUCGCCUGCACCAGCUGCACGAGGGACAGCGCUCGGUGCAGCUGCCCGUGGAGCGGCUGGCCCGGCGACUGAGCGCCCAGAGCGGACCGGCCGCCAGGAACGUCAUCUACGAGAGGCUGGUGGAGGGGGACCUGGCCGGCGGGGAGGACCAGGACGCACUGCGAACCCUGCUACUGAAGGACUUGGAGUGCCGCCGCCAGGACAAUGAGACUGCAGCGCCGUCGCGCAUAAUUGAUGAGGGCUGGCUCUUUGGCCAGCUAAUCAAAUUCGCCACCCAGCACGCGGAUGCUCCGCAGCAGCAGCGGCAACUGAUGCUGCUGCUCCUGGAGAUCCAAUCGGAGCCAAAGUUGCAGCGACUGCUCCGAAGUUUGGGUGCCGAACAGGAGGCCAGGUUGUUGCGCCACUCCAUCGCGGGAUCACUGGCCGCCAUGCUGUCCGCCUUCCGCCAGAAGUGCAUCCAGCAUGCACCGCACAUAAACUACAUGCAACUGCCGCCGCUGGCUCGUGUGUCCUGCUCCCUGCUCCUGGCCAAAGUGGAGGCCACACCACAGCUGCAACAGCAGCAGCAACAGCAGCAGCAGAACGCACCUCCCACCGAUGAGCAACUGGACAUUGCCCGGGCGGUGGCCACCCUGAUGGAAUGCAUUCGGAAUGCGGAGCAAACAGCACUCAUCUACAUCGAUGCCCGCCUGAUGGAGAAGUUCGUGGGCGAGCACCUGCUGCGCCCCGAGCAUCUGGCGCCAUUGCUGGCCUACCUCGGUUGGCUGGCCGGUGCGGCCAAACAGAUUUUGGCCAGGCCAACGCGACAGGAGUCGGAGCAGGGCGCCCUGGGCGUGCUGCUGGCCACCAUCGAUGCACUUCUGCAGCAGCCACGCGUCUGGCGGGAGCUUAAUGUCAGUGAGGAUGCGGCUCUGCGUUGCCAACUGCUGGACAUGCUGAACUCGAUAGCCCGAUGCACUCUGCAGCACACCAUUUUCUAUCGAAGGCACAGGGGCAGGGAUGGCAGGGAUGGCAGGGAGAACAGGGAAAAGGGCGCCGCACCGCAGGCCAUUUUCCUGGCCAAAUUGAUUGAAACUCAAAUUGAAAUCGAGUCCCUGGACAGCGGCAGGAUCUUGGCAGGCGACGAGCAGGAUGCUCGGCUGCAGUUCGCAGGCCAGGAGCUGGCGCAGCUCCAAGUGCCACUGUCACUGGUGGCCUCCAUUGGCAUCUCGCUGCUGCGUACACACCAGUUCUAUGCCUACGCCGUGACCCCGCACGAACUUAUUCAGCGGCCGGAGGAGCAGCUGCAGCAGCAGAAGCAACAGGUCGAUGGCAAGCUGCCCUCCAUUCCUGUGGACAGUCUGAGCGAUGUGGAUGUCCUGCGUCAAUUUGUCAAGAGGCUCUCCAUCUUCGGCUUCACCACACGGCAGCAGUUCGAGGAGUACUUCAUGACCUGCCUGCUGCUGAUCAAUAAGCUGUACGACGAGCACAUGGUCGAUCAGCAGGAGCAGUUCCAGAUCAAGCAGGUCUGCCUGCAGGCCAUCCUCGAACUUUUAAUGACGUACAAAACUUUCCCCAUUGUGGGCCAGACCAAUGGACAGUUCCAUCACACGACUCGCUGGCAGUGCAUCACUUGUGACAGCAUUAGCCUGAAGAAACUGCACAAGGUGCAGCUGCUGGUCGAUGCGUGCAAUGUCUUCUAUCAGCCCAAUCUGGAGCGGCAGCUGGCCCACGACAAUGUGAUUGGCACACGCACCUUUGCGGCCAAUCAAUACGAUCUCAAUUUCAGCUGGGCACAAAUGGAGGGCGUGGGCUUGGGCAUGGCCAUGGGCAUGGGCCUAUCCGGCGGAGGGCAGCAGGAGACCACGGCCAACAUGACGGACAUUAAGCAGUCCGGCGAUGCGGAUGUGCCCGACAUGGCAAUGCGCAACUAUCGCCAUUUUACGCAGCUGUCGGGAAUUGACUUUCGCAGCAGCACGCAGCUGGUCUUUGACGUACUGCAGCAGAUGAUCGAGCUGAAUCACAUCCUGGUGCUGCCCAAUUUGGUAAAGUUUUGCGAGAUCUGCGAGAGCCGCGACCACAUCAAAUGGAUUAAGGAGCGCUGCCUCAAACUGCAGGAGCAAGUGGCCAUGGACGAUACUAUUUCGCAUCAGCACAUAAUCUACUUACUGUGCCGCAGCCAGGCCCUCCUCGUCCCCAGUCUGAGCGAGCUGCAGGUCCUGUGCUCCUUGAUUGGCAACAUCUACUUGAAGAGCACGCACAGCUUCAUACGCAUCGCCACGCUGCAGGGGCUGCUCAGUCUGCUGGAGUGCUGCAGCAAGACCAACACGACAAUGGGCCGGCUCAGCGAGGAGCUGGCAUUGUUGCGAGCCCUAAUUGUGGGCUACAUCAAUCGUCAUGGCAUCAUUGAUGAGAGUCCGCUGCCCUUUAGCGUGGAGCACACGAAGCUGGUGUGGACGCUCAAUUACAGCCUGAUCGAGUGGACUUCGAAAUUCGUGCCGCAAUGUCAUCUGCUGUCGAACACAAUCAUUGUGGCCAGCAACUUGCUGAAGAAGACCGCCGACGAGGAGCUGUAUCUGUGCGUUCUGCAUGGUCUGGAGCGCUUGGUGGUCAAUAGCGGAAGCCAGCCUAUGGGAAAGGGCUCUGGAGCAGCUGAAUCCGAGGCUGGUGGCGUUGGAGUCGGAGUCGGAGUGGGAGUUGGAGUUGGAGUCGUGGUCACACCGCAGAUGCGACAUAAAAUUGAAAAACUUGCACUCGAAUUGCUGAAAAUGGAAAAUGAGAAAUUUUCGAUUCCGGCAUUGAAAUUGCUUUUGUCCUGCAUGUAUGUGGGCUCUGCUGCUCAGCUGGAGAACACGGAGCUAUCGAAUGGCAUUGUCCAGGACGAUCCGGAGAUUAUCGCGCAGCAAAACGAUAAAGUCGACAUACUUUUGCAUUGUAUUAAAUCAUCGACUCGAGAUGCCGCCUGGAUUUAUGGACAAGUGCUGUGCCAAAUUAUUCGUGAUUUAGUGCCACCGAAUGAAAUAUUGACGAAGGUCAUAAAGGAGUUUCUGGCCAUAAAUCAACCGCACGGCGAUGUUAUUGCCAUGAUUGUAUAUCAGGUUUUUCGGUCCGCCAUCGACUCGUCCUACCUGCAGAUGCUGCAGGACUGGCUGAUCUGCACCCUGCCAACGUUUCUCGAGCAGCCGGAGCAGCAGGGUGUCUGGGGUCUCAGCGUCAUCUUUUUAUCCGCCUCCAUAAAUCUGCAUUUGAUUAAACUAUUUCCGCUGGUGCUCGGCAUCGGUGCAGCCAACUCAGCCACUGCGAUAGCGAAUGCGACAGCGGCGGCGGCAACAACUGAGGCAGCAACACCAGCAGCAGCAGCAACAGCGGCAGCAACACCAGCGGCAGCAGCUCCGGCGACAGCCCAGAAAUUGGGUCAACACGAAAUUGCAUUGUUCGUGACAGCUGCACAGGAUUUCCAUGCGAAAUUGAGUGGCGAGCAGCGGCAGCGUUUCCGCGAGGCCUUCAGCAGCUUCGAGCGGAGUCAGGUCUACGGCCGGAUGUUGCAGCGCCUCUGAAGCGAGUGUAAUCAUGGGUUUGGCUAUUUAGCUUGCGUUUAAUUCCAAUCGCAGUGGCUAAGCAAAAUGCAACGCAUUCGGCAUGGGCUAAACUUUUGGGGCUCCAAAGACAAGCGCAAGCGUGAAUAACUAAUUGCCCCAAGCUGCAGAUAAAGUUUAAGCGGAUGUCCCUUUGCUUGGCGCUCCUUAGCCUCCUCGUACUUCUUUCAUUUCCUUUCCUUUCCAUUCCUUUCCUUUCCUAGCCUAUCCUUACCCCAACUUGCGAACGAAAAAGUUUUUUAAUAGUUGCCGAAUACAAAAUUAAUUUAUGCUUUACAUUAUGUGUAACUAAUAUUUUAAUUAUUGCAAACGAAUGUUCGCCGCACCGCACCGCCCUGCAUUUUCUAAUGCCUGGCCAAAAGUUUAACGAGGCCACAAGCGUGCGACCCGCAAUUAAUUCCUGCGGCUUUCGACACGGAAAUUAUGUUCUUGUCAGCUUUUGGGCUAAAGUUUAUCAUUUAUUUACAUUAUGACGAUGACGCGGCUUGCUGGGCAAGAAACAAGAAACAUCGUGGUCGGAGGACGCUAGUUUGCAUUAGUAUGCGCCUAAUUCCUAAUCAAAAUUACUUAAAAAUUCCAUUAUCCCCUUUGUGAACUUCAAUAGUAAUCAAACUAAUAACCAUAUUGCUUAAUGAAAUAAAAACACAAACUAAAACGA